CGCUUUUUCUGUGAAGUGUGUCAGUUCAACAGAAACAAAAAAAACGGUUAACAGCUGAUGCUACGGCAACAAAGGAAACAGACAAAAAAGACGGACAACUGUGUAGCGCUGUAAUUUGUUUUUGGCAUCUAGCUGGAAGGCGAACAGCUCUUACGGUGUGACUAUGACUGUGGAGUAAAUAAAUGUGUUGGAACACCACAUCAGUUACUAUCAUUGAGUCCAUCGUCUGAAUCAAGUCCGGCUGGAUGCUACAGUGGGGGAUUGUUUGACCCACAUUCGCUCGGCUGCAGCAGGAGGUGUGGCGCGUCUUCACUCGUGGUUUCAGUAGCGUUGGAGGUCCAGAGCAGCAAUGGCGAGACUUCUUCUGAGGGCAAACUUCAGAAGAUGCCUGAUGAUCUGUCAGAGUCAGACCAGGAUGGCAUCCGACCAGCUUGGUGAGUUGGGCGGAGGAGCAGGGAAAGGUGGAGGUGGAGGAGGCUCUGUGAGGCAGGCAGGAGGUGCUUUUGGAAAGCGAGCGGUGGUGGAGGAGGAGCGGUACUUCAGAAAGAAGGAGAUGGAGCUGCUGGAGGUGCUGAGGAGGCAUCAUUCGGAAGAGAUUGAGCACCAUAAGAAGGAAAUAGAGCGUCUGCAAAAGGAGAUCGACCGCCACGUUGGCAAGAUUAGAAAACUGAAACAUGACGAUUGAAGUUUGCGCUCACAACUCUGAUAGAAAGGGUGGCAACGUUGAAAACAAUGUAAAGAUAAUUGACUAUCUGCUCAUUUUGGCAGUUAAUGAAGCAAACGAUUAUCUUUUAUAUACGUUCCAAAAUAAAAUGAUUGAUUUUC